AUGGCUUCUUCUAAUGCUGAGGCAGACCCUGACACUAGCCAUAAUGACAAGCUAGAGCUAGUUUUAUCAGAUUCCGAUGGUUCAUCAGACUCCGAUGGUUCAUCAGCCACUGCAUCCGAUAAUUUUGCGUCAGUCAUAGAACAAGAAGACGAGCUGAUGAGAGAACGAAGUGUGGCUACUUCUGCGUACCAAGUUGGUGACGAUAUGAUUAUAGAAGAUCAGUAUGGUGAGGUAAUGAGAGUGGUGGCCGCUAAAAACAAAGACUCGCCAUACUCGUCAUCUGCAUCAUCGUCAGGGUCUCCAUUUUCGUCGUCCUCCUCAGUUAAGAAUAAAGAUCAGCAAGUCUAUGUCCAUCAUAUAGAUAAGAACAUUACCAUAGAAGAUACAGAAGGUGAUGUGUUACGGAAGUAUAAAAUCAAGAAUAUCAAUAAAGAACCACAAACUAAAAAGAAACUAAAGGCUGCAACUGAUAAAACUUUACUGAAAAUGAAAUUGAAAAAGGGCUCUCCUUUAACAACUAAAAAAUCACCUCACUACAUAUUGCAAGAGUCUUUUGACAAUGACAAGCAAGAGUCUCCUUUAAGAAACGAAAAGGUUGAGAAAAAACUAGAAAACAAAUUAAAUCUAAUGAUUAAUCAAUAG